CGGUGCUGGAGCAGAGCCUUGCCGGCGAUGUCAGGGAGGGGCUGGCUCACCCCCCGGCAUCGCUGCCUGUUCGAACGGGUGUUCACGACAGGCGAACGCUGGAUUGCAUCAGGAGCAGGUUUCUGGGGGGCUGGUCCCAGCCCGUGUGCUGGAGAGAAGGGUGCUGGUUCCCCCCUCGCUCCUGGCUGCCGGCCCGACUGCCAGACAGUUUUCCCGCGAAGGACGGAGGUUGAACCACACGAUCCUUGAGGUCCCUUUCAACCUGGUAUUCCAUGAUUCUGUGACUGGUGUUUCCCAUCACUUAGAGCUGCCUGUUGCUCCCGGAGCCGAGGAGACUGUGGCAGAGCCAUCCCCCCCCCCCCGUGCCUCUCGCUGGACUCCCUGUAGCAGGGCUACCCUUCCCACCGUGCCCCAGCUUUGGCAGGCUCUGCUCCCCCGGCACACGGGGGGGCUCGGGGGGACCCCCAGCCUCCUCCUCCGUGGCUUCUCCCGGGGGAGCGCGGCUGAUGCCGCCGGCCGCACCGUCCAUCCCGCUGCGCUCGGCGGUGCCACUCGCAGCCGCCGCACUUCUGCGGGCCGAGCCGUGCCCGGUCCCCACCCCGCUGCCGGUUCCGACUUAGAAUUUAUUUAUUUUAUUUUUUUUUUUUUUUUUUUUUUUUUAAAUCCGUGACCCGCAGGGUGGCAGGGCUCGGAGAAACAGGCAACGGUGGGGCUGGGGGGGGACGGGUUUCCCCGCAUCGGCUGCGGGGCUCUUCCCGCUCGCCCGUAGCUUCCGCCGGGGCGGGGCGAGUGGGGUGUGGGGGGUGCGUGGGCGGGGGGACACACACAACUGUGGAGACGCGGGGGUAACGCUGCUCUGAGCGGUGCGUUCCAGCAUCUGGCGGGAGGAGCCGGGCACCCCCCCGGCAGCGGCGGCGGCGGCAGCAUCGGCGGCAGAAACGGCGGCAGAAGCGGCGGCAGAAGCGGCGGCGGCGGCGGCGGCGGCGGCAGUCGUCCCGGAGCGGCGCGGAGCGGAGCGGGGCGAGAGCUCAGCCGGAGCGAACCGCCGGGGUCUUGAGCAGCUGAGUACCACCCACGGGAGGACGAGAUGUUUGGGGGAAAAAUGACCAGCGUGGGGAAGAAGCUGAUCCGCCGGCGCGUGGUGGAUCUGAGCUCUGAGGACACACGUUUUGCUCGCUGCCUCUCCACGCUGGACCUCAUAGCCCUGGGAGUGGGCAGCACGCUCGGGGCUGGCGUGUACGUGCUGGCCGGGGAGGUGGCCAAGGAGAUGGCUGGUCCUUCCAUCGUCCUCUGCUUCCUGGUGGCUGCUCUCUCAUCGGUACUGGCUGGACUCUGCUAUGCAGAGUUUGGGGCCCGCGUCCCCAAGACUGGCUCUGCCUACCUCUACAGCUACGUCACCGUUGGUGAGAUCUGGGCUUUUACAACCGGCUGGAACCUCAUCCUCUCAUACGUGAUAGGCACAGCCAGCGUGGCUCGAGCCUGGAGCGCAGCAUUCGACAACAUCAUUGGCAACCACAUCUCCACCUUCUUCAUGAACAAGACCACAGUGCACCUGCCGGGGGUGCUGGCCGAGCGCCCGGACUUCUUCGCUGUGAUCCUGAUCGGGCUGCUCACUGCGCUGCUGGCCUUCGGCGUCAGUGAAUCUGCCCUUGUGAACAAGAUCUUCACUGCGGUGAACCUCUUGGUGCUGGGCUUUGUCAUCAUUGCCGGCUUUGUGAAGGGAGACAUCAAGAACUGGCAGCUCUCGGAGGAGGACUACAUCAACCGCUCGCACCUGGACCCGCGGGAAGACAGCGGGAAAAAAGCCUUUGGCUCCGGCGGGUUUUUCCCCUUUGGACUGGAAGGGAUCCUGACCGGCGCUGCCACCUGUUUCUACGCUUUUGUGGGCUUUGACUGCAUCGCCACCACAGGGGAGGAAGCCAGGAACCCACAGCGCUCGAUCCCCAUUGGCAUCAUUGUGUCCCUCCUCAUCUGCUUCGUGGCUUAUUUUGGGGUCUCUGCGGCCCUGACCCUCAUGGUGCCCUACUUCCUCCUGAACAAGGAGAGCCCCCUGCCCGAAGCUUUCAAGGCCGUGGGCUGGGACACCGCCCGCUAUGCUGUUGCUGUCGGCUCGCUCUGUGCCCUCUCCACCAGCUUGCUGGGGUCCAUGUUCCCCAUGCCCCGUGUGAUCUACGCCAUGGCGGAGGAUGGGCUGCUCUUCAAGUUCCUCUCCAGCAUCAACAACCGCACGAAGACCCCUCUAUCAGCCACCAUCACCUCGGGGCUCCUGGCGGCGCUGAUGGCCUUCCUGCUUGACCUGAAGGACCUGGUGGACCUCAUGUCGAUUGGCACGCUGCUGGCCUACUCGCUGGUGGCAGUGUGUGUGCUCAUCCUCAGGUACCAGUCGGGGCAGCUGAACUCCCCGAAGGCCGUGGAAAUGCUGGAGCUGAACGGGAACGAGGAGGAGAGGGUGAUCAUGAACCUGACCAUGGCUGCUGCCAGUGCCCAGCAGAAAGAGAUGCUGUCCCUGACGACACUCUUCAACCCACCCAUGGACACCCCCACCGCGCUCUCAGGCCGCAUUGUCUACAUUUGUGUAUCCAUCAUCGCCACACUGAUCACAGUCACCUGCAUGGUCCUGACCCUCAAGGUGACCGCGCUGAAGGAUGGCAGUGUUGGCUGGAUUGUGUUCCUGGUGCUGCUCCUCGUGGCUCUACUCAUUCCUACCAUCAUCGUUUGGAGGCAGCCGCAGAGCAAUGCGCGACUGAACUUCAAAGUACCUUUCCUCCCACUUCUGCCAAUCUUCAGCAUCUUCAUUAACAUCCUGCUGAUGGUACAGCUGAGUGCCAGCACCUGGGCAUGGUUUGCCAUCUGGAUGGCUGUGGGUUUUAUGAUUUACUUCGGCUACGGGAUUCGGAACAGCGUGGAAGGGAAGAAUGCGGAGGAGCCCAGUGCCACAGUAGAAAAGCCUUUAUGCCACCCUGGACUAGACCUCAGCGCCAGGGCUGCUGCGGUCUGAGGGCCCAGGCACCAGCACUCCGUGGAGCUCUGCCAGUAUUCCCGCUUGGGAACCAGAUCAUGAUCCAUAAAAAAUUCAUCCCCUCUCCCGCAGGGAGCUAGUCCCAGAGUCAGGACCAUGGAGUCGGGUCGUGCGCUGCCCUUUCCCCUCGCAGAACAGAGGUCAAAGAGACAACUCCCUGGGCCAGGAGGGAGCGCCGGUGGCCUAGGGCUGGUCUCUGCCAUCCCCCCAACCCUGCCGAGGGGCAGUGACACCGGCACGGCCCUGCUGCUGUGGAAGCUGCUGUCAGAAAUGCUGCUUUCCCUGUGCGCAGGAGGCCCGCCUCCCCCCCCCCCCCCCCGCCCCCAAUGAUGCAGCUGUAUUCAUUCCGUCUGUCCGUGUGGCUGUGGUCACUACCUCCUCUCCGUGCUUUCCAAGCACUGGGCGUGUACGUGGCAGCUGUAGCUGGAGCCAUGCACCGAGGCUUGGGGCAGCUCGUUCUGGUACUGCCAGCAGUCCGGUACUCCCCGUCAGCACGGGGCUCAGCUGGCCAAAACCUCUGUCUGGGAUUUGCAUCCCGCACUGAGCCCUGUGCUGCCUGGCCAUGCCGUUCGGUGUGAGCAUCUAACUCGGGUGUCCGUGAAGAUGUCCACAGUGUAGCUGUACUACUGUCCAACCUCCUAUACCUUUGUAUAAUUGGUGUUUUAAUGUCAACUUUUAUACCUAUUAAACUCAAUGGUUUUUAA